AUGGGCAUCAUAGUGACCCUGGGUGAUGCAGCCUGCUUUGUUGCACCUCGAAAGCCAGGGUGGCCCUACAAAGAGGACACAAGAUUGCUACACCUGCAGCUGCAGCAAGAGUGUAAUGCAGUGCUGUUCCCUAACACCAUCGUGGCCUGCCUUCUUGCUCUUGCCGUCAGCAUGCCAUUGUCUGAUGCUGCUUGUUACUUCAUAGAAUUCAAGCCAGGGAUGUCUAAUGGUGUGGUUGUAGGCUGCCUUGAUGAAGAAGGAAAGGUCCAUGAAUUUGGUUCCAGCUGGAGGACCGAGGACUGCAAUGAUUGCUCCUGUUCUAAGAGUGGAAUUGGCUGCUGCAAUAGCUACAUGACUCCAGUUGACUACGAUGAAGAGAAAUGUGAAAGCAUUUUCAACAAGGAGACUUGCUCUUAUAAAGUAGUGGAGAAAGAUGAUCACUCAAAAGAAUGCCCAGCCCAUUCAUGGGUGGGGUAA